UUUCUUUCGCCAAAUCUAGCCUCCACACGCGGAGAAAUUUCGGAAGCGGAAGAAUCGAAAGGGGAGAGACCGAGCGAGAGAGAGAGAGAAGACGGAGAAGCUAUGAUGCGCUGCGCCGCCGCCGCCGCUGCCGUGGCCGUCGCCCUCGUCGCUGCCGUUGCUGGCUCCGCCGCCGCCGCGGCGUCGCCGGGUGCGGGGCAGGGGGCGGCGGGCACAUGCGCGCGGAGGGACGGGCCGCCGUUCCUCGAUGCCGUCGGAUCGCGCUGCCCCUUCGUCCGGAUCGAGCCGUCCCCGCCUCUCGAGGUGAGUGGAGAGGCUGUUGAUACAGAGUUGAACCUUCGGCGUAGGGGUGCUUCAUACUCCAUUCUCUUUUAUGCUGCAUGGUGUCCAUUUUCGAGCAAAUUCCGACCAAUAUUUGAAGCUCUCAGCACUAUGUACCCUCAGAUACAUCACUUUGCUGUUGAAGAAUCUUCUGCUACACCUAGUUUGUUUUCAAGAUAUGGUGUUCGCGGCUUCCCAGCCGUUCUUCUUGUAAAUGAGACUACGAUGGUUCGAUAUCGGGGUUCAAAAGAUCUCAGCUCUCUGGUUAAUUUCUAUAAAGAAACUACAGGUCUUGAUCCAAUUGCACAUCUUGAUGUCGUGCAGCAAGAGAGUACAGGAAGCUUGAGAUCCAUCAUGCCAUGGGAUCGAUCUCUUCGUGAAAUGGCAAAACAUGAGCCCUUUUUGUUGCUUGCAGCUCUUUUUAUCAUCAUGAAGGUUGUGUCGUACUUCAUACCUGUUGUCCUGUCUCAUCUGAGAGCCUUCUUAGUUGUGCGUGUCCGAAACUUGAACUUGGGGAUCCGUAGGGGAUCAAACCAGCUCUUGGAUCGAGCAUUGAAUGUACUUGAUGUGAGGAGGCUUUGGAGCAAGCUUAGACUGAGCAAUAAGGCAACGGACCUAAGGAAAGGAGCAAGUAACGCUCGAGCUUGGGCUUCCUCAUUUACUUCCGUUUCACUGGGUGAACCGUCAUCUUCAAGACAAGCUUAGGCUUUUAGGGGGGUGUUGUUUGUUAGGCUAGCUGCUCACAUGGUCCGAAACCAUUUACUCUUUGUUUCCAAUCCUGCUAUGUACCAUGGUUCUCUGUUCCGUGCAGUCAGGAUGUUGGGAAACCUUACAGGCAUGUAAAUUUUGAGGACGUCAUGUGCUGUUGUAUAUUAGGAGGAAUACAUUUGCAUUUGCUGAUGCAAUGCCUAAUCUCUCGGUUCAUUAACUACAGUAAAUGGGUCAUGUAUGAUGAACAUCUUAUUAGGUUUUCUUUUAGGAUUUAUUUCUGUUUGUGAUGUUGUAUUGGUAAUUUACUCUGCACUCUCCAUUAAAGAACUUGGUUUCACUUUGUUAUUC